AUGGUAACCUUGAAUCAUCAAAGAUUCUGGCAGCCACCGUCGAAUCGUCCGCAAAGAUGCCCUUCCAUUGGUUCUGAAUCGGGGACCACCGUUUUCGCAGAACAAACCAGCCUCAGAGAAAACCUCGAAGCGAGUAGGCAUAUCCCAGAGAACAGUUUCCCACGAGCAGAAUAUGGAGUCAUUGAUUCUGCAUUGGAACAUGGACAUCACUCUCGACCUGUUUCGUCUGAAAUCUACCAUUGUGAUGCAGUAGCCACCAAUGAUUACCCCGAUUACCCUGAGGAAGUUGCGCUCUACUCAUCCUCCCGAGUUAGUAGUACUCCCUCCGUCACUGGACUAGAUGGCCCUGGUUCAACGCGAGUCUUUGAUGUUUUUGGAGACGAAAACACUGGACAAAGCGAUGAGCAUGACCACAGGCAGCUUCUCGAAAACCUUGAGGAACGAACGUUGCAAAAUUCGCCGAUCCCCUCCAUAAGAUCAUGUCAACAUCGCGCUCGAAACACCACAAAGGUGACCAAGUCGCGCGGAAAAAGAAUGAGCCAACCGUUAGCGAAAGCUUCCACACGUUAUGUCGAAGACGGUCAUGGAGGUAAUCAUCUUGCCGCAUUUGAGAACGUGAUCAGAUACCUGAGGCGUUUUUACGACCUUACCACUGCUGAGGCCAAGUUCUCUAAUGGCUUUUCCGAUUCCGAUUCUCUCAAGGAAGACCUUGCAGUUGUUCAACUUGCAACAAGGACGCUACAGCACGCAUAUGGUAUCAUUGCAACAAGUACUACGACAAUAGACGAUGCCGUUCCGCAACCUACGAUUAUAAAGGCACGGCAAACUAUCACGCGAAAGGAAUGGUCUCCUGAGGAUGAGCAACGAUUGGUAGAGUUGAGAGACUCUCAAAAACUUUCGUGGAGUUGUAUUCAGGAACUUUUCCCUGAAAGAACUGUGGACGCGGUUAGACAACGUUAUGCUCAAAAGACUUCAAAGAAGUCAGAAAGCUCCUCCAGAAAGAAAAACCGAUCAAGUCCUUCUGGUCAGCUUGUGCGUUGCAUAUCGAGUGCUCGAAGGAGCCAGAGGUUGGCCCAAGCUAGCCAAGUAGCUGGUAUGAGAAACGACGCUGACCGCCAUCGGAGGUACCCGUCGCGGGCAGUGAAGAAUCACCAGAAACCAAAUGCGCGAGAGGUGAAUGUCAUUGAUCCCGCCCUUCGCAACCUUAGGUAG